AAUCAUGAAAAUGCAAAAAAAUAAUCACUUUCUUUUCCCAAGACAGCUAUUUUUCUGGAUUUAGCUUAAGAAUGAAUAAAUGAUUAUCUGUUUUUCUAUUUCCAUUGAUUUUACAAUAAGAAAUUUGGAAAUGACACCACUCCUAAAGGUGCAAGUAAAGCAAUUCCAUAUUCUGCCCGCCUCAUUUGCAUAAUUACAUCUCUACCCCUAGAAAAAAAUCCAUUUUCCUCUUCACUAUUCUCAAUAUAUCCCGUAAUUUCAUCAUUUUUCAAGGGCAUUUUCAUCACUCUUCUACCACUCUCCUCAUUCUCUCGCCACCUUCUUCCUCCAAAAAUCCUCCAUUUAUAUCAAUACGUCGCCGUUUUAGUAACAUGCCGGAGAUAGAAAGGCAACACCGAACGAGACAUCACCGACCGGCGGCGAUUCCGGUGAAGCCGUCACGUGUACCACUGCGGUUACUAUUCCGAGUGGCUUCGGUAGCCGGAGGAAUUCAAUUUGGUUGGGCUUUACAGUUAUCACUACUCACACCUUACGUACAAGAGCUAGGAAUACCGCAUGCUUGGGCGAGUAUAAUAUGGCUAUGUGGUCCGCUCUCUGGUUUAUUAGUUCAGCCUUUAGUAGGUCAUAUGAGUGAUAAGUGUACGAGUCGGUUCGGUCGACGGCGUCCUUUUAUUGUUGCUGGAUCUGUAUCGAUCAUGAUGGCGGUGUUGAUUAUCGGUUUCUCUGCUGAUAUUGGCUGGGUUCUAGGUGAUCGAGGUGAAGUUAAAGUGAGAGCUAUUGCGGCGUUUGUUGUAGGAUUUUGGCUUCUCGAUGUUGCUAAUAAUAUGACUCAAGGUCCUUGUAGAGCUCUUCUUGCUGAUCUUACACAAAAGGAUCAUAGAAGAACUCGGGUAGCAAAUGCAUACUUUUCCUUAUUUAUGGCCAUUGGUAACAUCCUUGGCUUUGCAACUGGAUCUUACAGUGGCUGGUAUAAGAUCUUCCCUUUCACCCUCAGUACUGCAUGUACCAUCAACUGUGCCAAUCUAAAGGCCGCUUUUAUUCUCGACAUUAUUUUUAUUGCAACAACUACAUGUAUUAGCAUAUCGGCAGCCAAGGAGCAGCCUCUAGAUCCCAGUCGUGCUUCCUCUCAUACUGGAGAAGAGAUUGCCGAAUCAAGCCAUGGUCAAGAAGAAGCUUUUCUCUGGGAGUUGUUUGGAAUUUUCAAGUAUUUCCCCACUGUUGUUUGGGUGAUCCUGCUUGUCACUGCCCUGACAUGGAUUGGAUGGUUUCCGUUUCUUUUGUUUGAUACAGACUGGUUUGGUCGAGAAAUUUAUGGAGGUGAACCAAAUGACGGGAAGAAUUAUAGUGCAGGAGUCCGAAUGGGUUCAUUGGGUCUAAUGUUGAAUUCCGUGCUUCUUGGAAUAACUUCAUUAUUCAUGGAGAAGCUCUGUCGAAAAUGGGGGGCUGGUUUCACAUGGGGAGUGUCAAAUGUGGUCAUGUCUCUCUGCUUUAUAGCCAUGCUUAUAGUUACUGCUGUUAGGAGUAACAUAGACAUUGGUCAGGGUCUUCCGCCGGAUGGCAUUGUUAUUGCUGCGCUAGUUGUAUUUGCUAUUCUUGGGAUCCCACUAGCUAUAACAUACAGUGUUCCAUAUGCUUUAGUAUCUUCAAGGAUUGAAGCUCUUGGCCUUGGACAAGGCUUGUCAAUGGGUGUCCUGAACCUGGCAAUUGUGUUCCCACAGAUCGUGGUUUCGCUUGGAAGUGGGCCAUGGGAUGAGCUAUUUGGUGGAGGCAAUUCACCAGCCUUUGUGGUGGCUGCACUUUCAGCAUUUGCUGGUGGACUUAUAGCCAUCUUGGCGAUCCCUCGAACACGGGUCGAGAAACCCAAGAUCUUUGCAUGAGGCUAAUUUGCCAUAUUGGAAGAUGAGAUUGAUGGUGGUGAUCUCUACAUUGGCCUUGGCAGGCACCUAAUUUUCUGUUGUGGCCGUUUUGACUAUUGCUCAAUCUGAAUGCUGAAGAGUUAGCGGAGGUAUAUUGUUGUAUCCUAUUUUUUGCAUUGUACGAUCAACCCGCAUUUUGCAUUACCAUUUUGUAAAUAUAGCUCUUCCAGUCACUUGGUAUCGGUUCUAGCAUUCAAGAUUUCUCUUCUUGUUCAUCAUUUAUUUACUUAGUUACUCAUAAUGCUGUUGAACAAUUCUCUGUAGUGGUUGCUCCACUUUCUAGAUAAAGCAAAUUUCAAAUUAUCAGUACAACUGUACAAGAAGUGUUCAGUAUAUAAAGCACAUGUACUUUUUGCA